UCUGCACUGUUGUGUCCCACCUGUAUCUGUUUCCCCUCGGCUCCGUUGAAAGUCAUGGCAGGUCCUGAUCUGAUAAGAACUCUUCUGUAUACCGUCAAUAAUCUUCUACAGCAGGAGAAAUACAAAGCGGCGUUGGCAGUUUUGAAGGGAUUCAGGAACGGCGCUGUAUAUGGGGCCAAAAUCAGAGCACCACAUGCCCUGGUUAUGACAUUUCUAUUUAGAAGUGGCAGUUUAAAGGACAAGUUCAAAGCCAUUUUGAAGGCCACAUACACCCACUCCAGAAACCUGGCGUGCUUUGUGUUCACGUACAAAGGACUGCAAGCUUUGCAGCAGAAACUUCAAGGAAAGAGUUUACAGUCUCACUCAUUUCUGGCUGCCUGUGUUGGUGGAUGGUUAGUGUUUGGCGAUAACAACAACAUUAACAGUCAGAUCAACAUGUACCUGCUGUCCAGGAUCCUGUUCGCCCUGUCUCGGCUGGCUGUAGAGAAAGGAUUCAUCCCACAGCCUAAGCAUGACCCUUUCCCACUCUUUGCCACGCUAGUUUGGGGUAUCGUCUUGUGGUUGUUUGAGUAUUACCCACAUACUCUCCAGCCAUCACUGCAGUCCUCCAUGAACUACCUCUAUCAUGACAGCAACGUUUGGCAUGACAUCUCAGACUUCCUAGUUUACAAUAAGCCAAGGACUGCUGCCCAAAACUGAAGGUUUAUUGUUUUAUUUUUUGUAAAAGAAUCCUUUUUUAAUCACUAUUCUGAAUAUGAUUGAAUUUUGACUUUUUAAAUGUUUGACACUGAAGUUUGUAUUUGAAUGUCCUCUAAUUCUUUUCUGUUUGUCAGUAUUAACCAAGUUUCUAGCUAAAGAGCUGAACCAUUAUGCAGUACUUCUUAUGAUUUUGUGUUCAUAUUUUAUCUGAUUGUACAGAUUGUUGGAGUUUCUCAUUUUCCAGAGCUAUGUUACUAAAUGUAGCUGCCGUAUAAUUGAAGAAUUAAUAAACAACUAAAUUAAA